CGCGUCGCGUCUCUGAUGGCGUCAUGUGACGCAGCCAUCGCUUUGCCACGUCGGUCUGUAACUGCAGCGCGAGGAACUUCAGCAACUUUGUGUUUUGCAUGUAAAGGCCGUUAAUAACGAGCAGCGCGAAAGAAAACCUCCCCGCGCUCUGAUCUGAAACUCCACACGGUCUCAUUGUUACAGAGCGAGAGAAACAAAUGAGGUUGUUACAGAGUUUCGGUGACUGAUGUCUGCGCUCAUGAUUGAUGUGCGUGUCCGGGCUGCAUUGGGCCGAGACGUGAGGACGUGGUCGCAGGGAGCCGCAGACGGAGAUGCCCGGGGGCCGCAGGGGUCCGAGUAGACAGCAGCUGAGCCGCUCCGCACUGCCGUCGCUGCAGACGCUGGUGGGCGGCGGCCUCAGCAAUGGGGCGGGGCUCCGGUGCAGGAACAGCGGUGUCGUGGGUCUUUCGGCUCCGCCCCUCACGGCCCUCAUCACUCCCGAACCCGUCCGUCAUUCCCGCAUUCCCGAUCUUCCUCUGGACAGUAACCUGCUGUUCGAGACGCUGCUCUUCCUCUACCUGCUGGUGGCGCUCUUCGUUCAGUACAUCAACAUUUACAGGACGGUGUGGUGGUCUUCAUACAGCCACCCCACAGCCUCCACGUCACUGAACUUCCAUCUGAUGGACUAUCACCUGGCCGUCUUCAUCACCGUGAUGUUGGCCAGAAGACUGGUGUGGACCAUCAUCUCAGAGGCCUCCCUGGCGAGCCCGUCGUCGUCUCUGGUGCGGUACGUGGCUCUGAUCGCGGCACGGUUGAUCCUGCUGACGCUGUGCGGAUGGGUUCUGUGCUGGACCCUCGUCAACCUCUUCAAGCAUUACUCCGUGCUCAACCUGCUGUUCCUGGGAUAUCCGUUCGGUGUUUAUGUGCCGCUCUGCUGCUUCCAUCAGGAGGGUCGAGCUCAAUCCGCUCCGUCCGACUGCGGUUUCUCAGAGCAGGACGGGUCCGACGGGCCUCUGCUGCGGCCCAAAGACUUCCUGACGCUGCUGCGCGAAAACCUGCGCGAGCAGUUCUCCAGCCCCGCGCACGUCCCCACGCACACCUGCCCGCCGUCGCCGGAGCUCAUCCGCAGCGAGGUCGAGGAGCUCAAGACCGACUUCAACCGCCGCAUCAAGGAAGUGCUCUUCAACUCGCUCUUCAGCGCUUAUUACGUGGCCUUCCUGCCGCUGUGCUUCGUCAAGAGCACGCAGUACUAUGACAUGCGCUGGUCGUGCGAGCAUCUGAUCAUGGUGUGGAUCAACGCGUUCGUGAUGUUGAUGAGUCAGCUGCUGCCGCCCAGUUACUGCGACCUGUUGCAUCGCUCCGCUGCGCAUUUGGGCCGCUGGCAGCGGCUGGAACACGGAUCCUACAGCAACACGCCGCAGCACAUCUGGUCUGACAGCACCAUCUGGCCGCAGGGAGUCCUGGUGCGUCACAGCCGCUGUCUUUAUAAGGCCGUCGGGCCGUACAAUGUGGCCUUGCCCUCCGACGUCUCUCAUGCCAGGUUUUAUUUCCUGUUCCAUAAGCCGCUGCGGAUCCUGAACCUUCUCAUCGGGAUCGAGUCGAGCGUGGUGCUGUAUCAGCUUUACUCUCUGCUGCGCUCCGAGCGCUGGAACCACACGCUCUCGCUGGGCCUCAUCCUCUUCUGCAACUAUUACGUGCUGUUCAAGCUGCUGCGGGACCGCAUCGUGCUGGGUAAGGCCUACUCGUACCCGCUCGCCGGCGCAGGCCUGGGCGUGAAGUCUCAGUGAAAGCCAGCGAGGAGCUAAAGCCGGAUCCCUGAGACCGUGCCGCGUCAGGGAGAGACUGGGGACUUCUGUUGCUUUUGAUACGGUCUAUUUUCAUGCAACGUUUGUAUCUAUUUAAUAAAAUAUUUUAUUUUGUAUACUGUUACACACAACGAGAAGACGGGCAUUACGUUUACGGCGUGCCGUCGUCGUAUCCUUUUGUAGCCCGUGUCCAAAUUCAGCCAAAGAUUGAAAAGAUAAAGAACUGGAAGAGCUAACGCGAUCCGGUCGCGACCAAGGACUGGACGGUCCGGUUCACUGAGUGCUGUUUGAUCAUUUCCACUGUUACUGUGUUUUACGAGUAUUGUCUGUUCGUAGUAUCUCACGUGUCCACUUUGUUUCAAUCAAACUUUGUAGAAAAACAGCACCGGCAGGAUCUUGUUUAAAGCUUGAGGCAUCAGCACCCUCCUUGUCCUUUUCAUAUUAACCCUGUGCCAAAUCCCAGGGGGCCGUUGGAGCGGGCGUGGCUAGGGCGCUCUGGGCGGAGCCUGUGGACUGUCAGGCUUGCAGUAUUUUACAAAACCGCUCGCUUCAACGGACCGAUGACAUCCAGAAUAAAAGACAAAAACAGCUCAAGUGCCCGUUUGUCUCCGAUCUGUUGGUGGAUCGUCAUUGUCACGAAAACUGCCAGGAAAUGUCUGGGUCAUAUUUCACCCCAAGAUGACAAAAAAAGAAAAAAUCAAUAAAAUGAAACCAUUUAUAUUUUCUUAAUAUUAUGAUGGUAUGUUUGUUUUUAUUGUUAUAGUCAUGAGGAUUUGAGAGGUGCUUAAUUUCAAAGUGCAAAAAGCUUUGACGGGGACAUCGGAUAAUUAAUUAAUUUUUUUUUCUUUAGUUCAGAAAAAUCUGAAAAUAAAACAUGCAGACACUUUGUUACGGGCUGAGUCUGAAACUGUCUUGCAGCGAGCUGUUUGAAUCCAAGCCGGUUUCUCUGUACAGUAGAUAACAGGCAAUUUGAAUAAGACCAGCCCGGAGUCAUAUGAGGACAUGUACACUUGUCUUGUGUGGGGAAAGAGAGGGGGCGGGGCGAGCAGUACCUCAUUACCAUUUAAACGAGUCGCUGUGAACAGAGCCGUUUUUGACAACCUAUAAAGGGUGUUGUUUUACACAUCCACUGAGGAACUUUAAUCACAGUACAUUUCAGGGGUGGCGAACUUGAAUUCUGGUCCUGGAGAGGCGCAGCCCUGCAGAGUUCAGCUCCAACCCUAAAUAAAUCUCGCCUGCCGGUAGCUUUCUAGUAACCCUUCAGAGCUCGAUUAGCUUGUUCAGAUGCGUUUGAUUAGGGUUGAAGCAAAAUUCUGCAGGGCUGCGGCUCUCCAGGACCGACGUUCGCCACCCCUGGUAUAUUUCAUGGAGACCCUAAAGAAUCAUACCAACUUGUGGAAAAUGGGCAUACGAUGUCCCCUUUAAAAACAAGCUCCGUUUUCUUUGGAUGUUCGGGUGAAAUAUGAGCUGGUCAUGUUUUCGACCAACAUUAGUACACACUAUGUCUAACCGGAGCGUUUCUGCAGCUAUUUCUUAUUUACGACUGGUGCUUUUAUUUUCUGCAAAAGCUUUUAAUGUGUUGUGCAUAACAGAGGGCAUUCAAAUUCUCCAAAUGAUUAGUGCCAUUAAAUGAAUAAACAUCAAAGUGCCGAUCAGGA